AUGCCGAAAGGUCGCCCUGUCAAUCAGGGCGGUCCUUUUGAAAAUGAAGCCAUCCUCCCGGAGCCACCGGCGCCGAAGACGAAGACAGCAGCCCGGAGCGGCACGAUUCGCCGGGACGCGCGGCGUUACUAUUCACAGUUCGAGGUAGCCGGGCCGAGCCUAGAAGAGCGGGAUGAACAAGAUGAACAGGAUGAAGAAGACAUGGAGAUUGAGUCGGACUGCAUCGUCCUCGGCGCAGGGACAAAGAGAAAGGCAACAACACAACAGAGGAAGAAAGGGAAGAAAAGAAAGACAACGAAGAAGACGAGCAAGCUCGUCAAGGACAAGGCGAGCCGCCCGGGCCGGGCCAAGACUCACCUCUAUGACCUACGGGUAAAAGAGUGGUGGGACCGCAGGGCUCAACGCAGGAGCUCGUGGGAGGUUUCAAACACUGAUGAAGACGUAUUCUUCGAUUCCUUGGAUGAAGAUGACCCUUUUCCUCGUAAGGAGGACUUCAUAGAUAACUAAGUUGCUAGAUUGACGGGCUCAACACCAAGGAAUUGCAUCACCAUAACAAACUAGGUUAUCAUUAGACUAGAUUGCUAGACUCAACACCAAGGAAUUACAUCACCAUGUCAACAAAUCAG